AAUAAUAAUAAUAAUAAUAAUAAUAAUAAUAAUAAUAAUAAUAAUAAUAAUAAUAAUAAUAAUAAUAAUAAUAAUAAUAAUAAUAAUAAUAAUAAUAAUAAUAAUAAUAAUAAUAAUAAUAAUAAUAAUAAUAAUAAUAAUAAUAAUAAUAAUAAUAAUAAUAAUAAUAAUAAUAAUAAUAAUAAUAAUAAUAAUAAUAAUAAUAAUAAUAAUAAUAAUAAUAAUAAUAAUAAUAAUAAUAAUAAUAAUAAUAAUAAUAAUAAUAAUAAUAAUAAUAAUAAUAAUAAUAAUAAUAAUAAUAAUAAUAAUAAUAAUAAUAAUAAUAAUAAUAAUAAUAAUAAUAAUAAUAAUAAUAAUAAUAAUAAUAAUAAUAAUAAUAAUAAUAAUAAUAAUAAUAAUAAUAAUAAUAAUAAUAAUAAUAAUAAUAAUAAUAAUAAUAAUAAUAAUAAUAAUAAUAAUAAUAAUAAUAAUAAUAAUAAUAAUAAUAAUAAUAAUAAUAAUAAUAAUAAUAAUAAUAAUAAUAAUAAUAAUAAUAAUAAUAAUAAUAAUAAUAAUAAUAAUAAUAAUAAUAAUAAUAAUAAUAAU